AUGGCAUCUGUCAAGUUGGCCAAACUGCCGCCAUUGGAAAGGCUGGGGAUUGUAGCUGGGGCGCUUAACGCGGCAGUCGGGUGCAUUGCACCUCGCCGUGUCGUCAAGGAAGAUAGGCGGCAACAGCAGCAGCAGCUGAUGCUACUGCCGUCGUUGGCCAAGAUGCAGCUGCUUCCGCCUGAUGAUGAUGGUGUUGUUGUUGAUCAGUCCCCGCCGGUGGUGGAGAAGGAGGCGGAGGAGGCAGCACAACAGCAGCGGCAGGACGAGAAGGCGGAGACAGUAGAUUCGACCUAUGUGGUGGUGAGGGUGGAUACAUGUGGGGAGCUUUUGGGGGUCCGUGUAGGUCGUGCUUUGGAAUUUCGGGUUUUGGAGCGAGACGUCGUGUCGGUCUAG